AUGUCACUGCCAUACGUGCCAGUGGGCAUACCAGUCUACAAAACCAUUGAGCACAACGGCGCCAACUUCAACACUGUAAUCUGGUCCCACCAAGGAGCAUUCAAUGGAAAAAGAAUCCUUUUUGUUCACGGGUUUGGUGAGCGUGUUGAGGUGUAUUCUCAAUUUUUUGACCGUUUGACUAGUUUCGGGUUCGAUGUAUUUGCCUUUGACCAGAGAGGUUUUGGCAAGACUGGCGAAGAAUGGUCAGCUCGGGGUUUCACUAAUAAUUACCACACUUUUGAUGAUCUGGAGUUCUUUAUCACUUUGAAUCUCAAUGAACUAGCAAAAGAAGACAAACUGUGUCUUGUGGGUCAUUCUAUGGGUGGAGGGAUCGUUCUUGAGUACGCCAGUGUCGGGAAACAGAAGGACAAACUUUACAAGAUUGCCUGUACCGGUCCUGAGAUUUUGCUUAGUCCCGAAAUCAAGCCUAAUCUACUAUUGGAAUGGACAGUCAGAGGACUUGCUCAGCUUCCCUACCUCAAGAAGACUAAAUUCUAUCCCAAGAUCAAAUUUGAAUUGGUAACUCACGAUGUCGGGUAUCAGGACUAUUUGAAGGCUGACGAACUAAUGGCCCCAGUGGGAACCUUGGUCAUGUUAAGAGAUAUGGUUCUGCGAGGUCGUGGGCUGCUUACCGAAGAGAAUAUGACCAAAUUGAGAGGCGAUUUGCCUUUACUGAUUGUUCAAGGUGAGGAGGACAAGUUGAGUUUGGCGGCCGGUGCUGUUCAGUAUUGCAAGGAGGCUAAUAGGGUAAAGGGAAACGAUUUGAGAUCAGUGAUUUUGAUUCCUGGAUGUUAUCACAGUUGUCUGAUAGAGUCCCCAGAAUACUAUGAUAAGGCCGAGGCUGCUAUAGUCAACUUCUUGAGCUCCUGA